AUGACAACGGAUGAAAAUCUUUUAGAUAUUAUGCUGGUACGUGCUACCAAUCCGGAGCAGGAACCCGUAGAUGAGCUGAGUGUGCAAAUGUUCUGUAUGGUACUGCGUAGCAACUCCCAACUUAUACAGAAAGCGCAUGAGUUAUUGAUGUCUAAAGUACGUUCCAGUAAUGUUAUGGAAGCGACAAGAGCGAUUGAGUUAUUGGAAGAAUGUAUGGCUAAGUGUGGAGAUGAAUUUCAACAUGAAACGAGUAAAAAUGUGUUUUUGAAUAAUUUAAUACGUUUGGUCUCACCAAAAUAUGAAGGAGCCGAAACGCCGACAGAAAUAAAGCAACGAAUUAUGAAAUGUUUAAUGCUCUGGACAACAGAAUAUCCAAGUCGACAAAAAAUUGGUGCUGUUUAUGAAAUGCUAUCCAAAGAAUAUGUCGCGGAACCAGAAAAAACAACUACAAUUCUUAAUAGAAAAGAUAAUCUCUUAGGGAUAGAUGAAGAGAAAUUAGUAAAUUUAAUUAGAAGUAAAGAUCCGAAAAACUACGAACGUGCCAACUUGUUGAUACAGUGCAGAGAAACGCGCCGAAAAAACUUAAUUAUGCAACAAAAAAAUCAAAUACAGGAAGUUGAUAAUUUAGUUGAGUUACUCAGUCAAUUAUUAGAUAACUAUGAGAAGGAGAAAAAUAAAAACAAUCAUCAAGAUGCAGAUACAUUAAUUUUGUUAAAAGAACUCUAUUUGGAUUGUAAAAAACAUAAACCGAUAAUGCGUCAGCUACCGGAAAUAAUUGAAAAAACUGAAGAGGAUCUUAUAGCUGAGGCACUGCAAACUAAUGACUUACUCAUUGCUGUAAUGAAAAGAUAUAAAAAUAUUGUUAAAUAUCAACCAACAGAGACAGUUGAGAACAAUUCGAACGGAGUUGCCGCAUCCUCUUUAACUAAUUCUAGCCAUACCGAUUUACUGGCGGACUUAUUAGGAGAUAAAUCAAAUGAUAUCGAAAUAUUAACAGCAAAGAAGGUUGAAACAGUAUCAGCCGAACAAAUGAAAGUAACGACGUCUGCUGUUUUCGAUGAUUGGGCUAAAUUGUUUGACGAUAAAAAACCAACGGAGAAUUUCCAAUCCACUGGUAGUUCCGUGAUAUUGCUUGAGGAUAUCGAGCUGCUUGAGGAUAUCGAGCUGCUUGAGGGCGGGCGUUUUACUUAUAACUAA